AUGCAGUGGUUAGUUCGUGGUAUUUACGCGGGAAGCGUCGUAUUAUUCCUCUUAGCGAGAUCUUACUACGAAAAUGAAUUGGAAAAAGAAUGUUUGGGUAUUUGUCGUAAUGUGUGUCUUCGUUGCGGAGAAAAAAAAUCAUGUUCUAAAUGCUUGGAAGAACCAGAACCUACUCCCACAUUGCUUCUGAUGCCAUCAAGUCCGCCUCCGUGUGCCUCGCCACAAGUGCAGCCAGUUGUUCUAUCAGCACCUCCUUGCCUAUCGCCAGCUCCUAUUGUUCUAUCUCCACCUUCUUCAUCAUGUCAUUGCGGCGCUCCUGCUUGUGGCUGUGCUCCAGCGCCAGUUCCAAUCGCAUUACCUACACCUUGUGCCGCACCACCUGCCCCCAUUAUGUUGCCUGCUCCGUGUUCCCCACCACCCUCUCCAAUCAUGUUACAAGCUCCUGCUCCCUGUUCUCCUCCCGCUCCCAUACUGUUACCUGCUCCUUGCGGUCCUCCUGCUCCAAUUAUGCUACCCACGCCAUGUGCUCCACACCCUGCUCCCAUAAUGCUAUCUGCGCCCUGUGCUCCACCUCCUCCUAUGGUGUUCUCUGCACCUCCACCAUGUCAGCCACCUGCUCCUAUCGUUGUAUCUUUGGCUCCACCUCCUUCACCGUGUCCUUGCGGUGCACCUACAUGUGGUUGUGCUCCACCUUCGAUGCCCAUGACUGCUUACAUGGUCCCCCCACCGGUUCCAGUAUCAUUAGAAGCAAAACCAAUAAAACCCCCAUGCGGUUGUCACUAUAAGUGA